AUGUCGGCAAUACUGGAAAAGAUCGCCACGAUCGAGCUCGAAAUGUCUCGAACGCAAAAGAACAAAGCGACGGAGAACCAUCUCGGCUCGUUACGCGCAAAGUUAGCGCAACUCCGUCGGGAACUCAUCGAACCUUCGGGAAAAUCCGGCGGAAAAGGCGAAGGGUUUGACGUCACAAAAACGGGCGAUUGCCGAGUCGGUCUCGUCGGUUUUCCCUCGGUUGGGAAGAGCACGUUGUUGACGAAACUCACGGGCGUGCACUCGGAAGCGGCCGCGUACGAGUUCACGACGUUGACGUGCGUUCCGGGAGUGAUUCAUUAUCGAGGGGCGAGGGUGCAGUUGUUGGACUUACCGGGUAUCAUCGAAGGCGCGAAGGACGGGAAAGGGAGAGGGAGACAAGUGAUUUCGACCGCGAGGACGUGCGAUGUGAUCGUGGUCGUUUUAGAUGCGAUGAAACCGUUAACGCACAGAAGAUUAAUCGAGAAAGAGUUGGACGGGUUUGGGAUUCGAUUGAACAAGAAACCGCCGAAUAUUAGCUACACGGUGAAGGAGAAAGGAGGCGUGAACGUGUUACCGUUUAAGCCGAAAUCGGGCGAGGAUCCGGCGUGGUUGGACGAGAGCACCGCGAAGGCGAUUUUAGAGGAGUACCACGUGAAGAAUUGCGACGUGAAGAUUUAUGAGAAUUGUACGGACGAGGAGUUGAUUGACGUGAUCGAAGGGAAUAGAAUAUACACGCCGUGCGUAUACGCGGUGAAUAAAAUCGAUCAAAUUACCGUGGAAGAGUUGGAAUUAUUGGACGAGGUGCCGCACUACGUGCCGGUAUCGAGUGGGAAGGAAUGGAAUUUGGACGGACUGUUGGAUAAGAUUUGGGAGUAUUUGAACUUGACGAGAAUUUAUACCAAACCGAAAGGGCAGAAUCCGGCGUACGACGCGCCGAUUAUUUUGAAGAAAGGACAGGUGACCGUGGAAGAUUUCUGUAACUCGUUGCACAAAAGCAUGGUGAAGAACUUCAAAGAGGCGAACGUGUGGGGGAUUUCCGCGAAGCAUCGACCGCAGAAAGUCGGGAAAGAACACGUGUUGAGCGACGAAGACGUCGUGCAAAUUGUCAAGAAGAUUUAA